AUGGAUAACGAUCUCAAGUACCUCCUUUCUCUUCAAGCCGUCCGAGACCAAGCGUCCAAGGUCUUUGCAUCAGCAAAGCAAGGGAACCUGAAGCACUUUGACUAUGACGAAGGCCGGAUGGGAGCGGUCGCUGAUUACGUAUCUAAAGUCAUCGAUCGUGACUUUGGCCCUGACAAGUACGACACUAUUCCCCCUCACGGCCGCUGGCAACAUUUUGAGGUUGGUGACGUCGCACGCGUCGAUGCCCUCGUCAAGCGGUGGUCAAGCGAAGAUGGCGUUGACCAAACCGAAAUUACUCGACGCUUGGUUGAUCUGUUCUUUGUAUCGGUGCUACUUGACGCUGGAGCAGGCGAUGUCUGGCGGUUCAAAGAGCCUGAGACUGGACAGGUCGUUGUUCGUAGUGAGGGUAUCGCUGUGGCGUCGCUCCACAUGUUUACGGCUGGAUCUUUUAGCUCUGACAGUUCUCUCAAAGAGAAGGUCGAUGCGAAGGGCUUGGUUGAGUUGCAGGACAGCAGCUUCGAACAACACUUCCAGGUAUCUUCCGAGAAUCCCAUGGUUGGAGUGUCAUCGCGAGUGAAGCUACUUCAAGCCGUUGGCUCCAACCUGUUGAAGCACCCUGAAGUAUUCGGCGAGUUCGGCCGUCCAGGAAACCUUGUUGACUACCUCACAUCAAAGGCCUCUGGAUCCAAGACUCUUGACUACGAACAGCUCUGGUUUUGCUUACAGGACCUCCUCAUUCCUUCGUGGCCUGGAAACCGCACCGUCUUCGACGGUCAUCCCAUCGGAGACGCUUGGCCUCUCGAACUACUCUCCGACAUCGCUGACAGUAAGGGCGAUAAAGACCCCAAGAGUAAGAUCCAGCCUUUCCAUAAGCUUACACAGUGGUUGGCCUACUCGCUCUCCGUCAUCUUCGAAAGACAGCUAGGCUUCACCUGGAAGAAUAUGCAUCUCGGAACCGGACUGCCCGAAUAUCGAAACGGCGGAUUGUUUGUUGAUCUCGGGGUCCUGAAGUUGAAGCCUGACGACUUGAAGGCCGGAAAGGAAAGCUCAGGACAAGAGCUUCCGCAGUUUGAAGCCUCUGACGACGUGAUCGUUGAGUGGCGUGCUCUGACUGUCGCGCUGCUGGAUGAACUGCACAAGAUGCUCAAGGAGAAGUACGAACCUCGUGGUGUGAACUUGAGUCUUCUCCAGAUGCUGGAGGCGGGAAGUUGGAAGUCUGGACGGCUUUUGGCUGCGGAGCUGCGACCUGAGACUAAGUGCAGUCCGAUUCUGGUUAUUAGUGAUGCAAAUGAAAAGGUCUCAUGUAAUGGGCAUUUCUCGAAAAUGGUGGAAGUCACUGGUGUAGUUCUUCACGAGGUGCGGAUGGAUCAGUUCGGAGAACUCCGUCGAACAUGGCUUAAGAUCCGCGAAGUAACUUUGGCAAAGGACAAGAUAUCAAGUUUUGUCGACUUCGCGGGUCAGACCCCCCGCACUCCUUCUCAUCUUCUGCAGCUUCCGUUCCACCCACCCAACUACGGCCAAGAUGUCACAGCUAAAGGGAUCAACACCGCAGGGCUUGACUGUUUCAGCUAUCUCCCAAUGGAACUGAACGCCAAAAUCAUGCUGUUUCUUGAUCUAGAUGGGCUAUUGUCGCUGACGAGAGCUUCACCCACCGCAUGGCAGCAUUUCCGAGCCGAUCACGCCUUCAUCCUGAAACCCAGACUUCCUUUUAUUUACAGCCACUAUGGACAUCCAGCGGCCAUUCCAUUAGUCAUUCUUGUGACUCGUCUUCGGAGGCUGCGUGCUAAACUCAAAUCGAAGCCCAGAGCGGAGUUGGAGAGCAGCCUCGAACCCAUCCUGAACUCUAUUCUCUCCAAAGACUGCAUGAAGAUACCUUACGGCUGGGAAUCGAAUUUGCCCUUAUUGGUGACUGUGGCGGGUCUGAUACCGGAGCUUUGCGAUGCCUUUGAGAGAUUCAGCAUCAGAGAUUCCAGACCAGAUUCAUCGCUCUACAGAUACCCCCAACGACAGACGUGGAUCUUUGUCGAGUCAUUUCUACGGUUCGAGUGCUUUUGUCAGAUUUCCUACAGCCCAAAGGGAUUCUUAUUUAAGGAGAGAUUUUACUUUAAAUAUGUCUUCUUGAAACCCUUCCAUGUCAAUACCACGUUCGAUGCCAGCGACUUGAGUCGAUGGGGUCAAAUGGAAGGUAUCGACGAAACCACCGACUUACCCUUGAACCUCUUAAAAAGGGCUGGUUUAGAAUUCAACCCAAUAGAGGUCUCUUGUGGUCAAUUUGCAGCGAUCCUCACGACUGUGCGAAAUUCACUGACUUUGAAAGUCCUAAGGAGGACCGCAAAGUCUGGCAAGAAACUACUGGAGAUGUUCUCAAAACACUAUGAAGAAUACAUGUGUUUCUUAUUCCAUCUGGCUCGACAGGGAAACGCUCUCCUUACGCACCUCUUGCGCCGCACACCUAGAGCACUGAUUGGCCGCUAG